ACACACACACACACACACACACACACACACACACAGGCAAGCAAGCACUCAUGUCUAUCAGUGUCGGAUCCGCUCCCGGCCCGAGACCAGUUACCGCAAGUCUCAUGAAUUGACAUAAAAGUAGCAAACAGUGUGCGGAGUAAAAGUAAUCACAUAAAUAAAGCAAGAUGCCAAAGAAGAAGACAGGGCAGAGGAAGAAGGCUGAGAAGCAGAAGGCUCGACAGAAGGACCUGAGGAAGGCCAGAGCUAACCGACCCUUGGCUGAACUGCCUUGUAAUUUGGUUAUGGAAUGUGACAAAUGUCAGAGGCGUCAAAAGAACCGCGCUUUCUGCUACUUUUGCCAGUCUGUGCAACGUUUACCACAGUGUGCCCAUUGUGGUAAAAUCAAGUGUAUGUUGAAAACUGGUGAUUGUGUGGUAAAGCAUGCAGGAACCUAUACAACUGGUUUAGGAAUGGUGGGAGCAAUCUGUGACUUCUGUGAGGCUUGGGUGUGCCAUGCCCGUAAAUGUCUGCAGACCCAUGCCUGCACUUGCCCCCUCCAGGAUGCAGUGUGCAAUGAGUGUGAGAGAGGUGUUUGGAAUCAUGGUGGUCGUAUCUUCCGAUGCCAUUAUUGCCAUAAUUUUCUGUGUGAGGAUGAUCAAUUUGAGCACCAAGCUUCAUGUCAGGUGUUAGAGCAGGAGUCAUUCAAGUGUUUGUCAUGCAAUCGUCAUGGCCAAUACUCCUGCUUGAGAUGCAAGACCUGUUACUGUGAAGACCACGUGCGUAGGAAAGGUUUCAAGUAUGAUAACAGGCAAAAGCUCCCAUGUCCAAAGUGUGGCUUUGAUACGGAGGAGACAAAGGAUCUUAGCAUGUCUACUCGCACCCACAAAUAUGGUAGACAGAGAACUGGCUUAGAUGAUUAUGAUGAUGAGGAUGAUGAAGGAGCAGUCGGCUAUGGUUAUUCUUAUGAUGAAGGCGGCUAUGACUAUGAUUAUGAUGAUGAUGACGAUGAUGAAGAUGAUGAUGAUGAUGAGGAUGACGAUGAUGAAGAAGAAGAAUCGGAGGAAGAAGUAGAAGAAAAAAGUAAAUAGCAAUAAAGGAAUGAAUGGCCAGAGCUGAGAGUAAUAGGUAAUCUAAGGAUAUUUGCCUUUAUAUAUUACAUUACAGGAAAUUGAUCAUUGUAUUUAUUUGUUUUAAUUAUCCCAUUCUAUUCGUAUAGGUAGUAAUUUGUGUAGGAAUAUUUUUCACUUCCAUUUUGAAAGAAGGAUACACUAAAAUAACUUGUUUUGAUAAUGUUACAUAUGAUUUUGUAGUACUAUAAUUUACAUUAUGACUUAAUAUAUACAUGAACUGUAAUAGAUCUAGACUGCUGUGAUAUGUGAUUUGAAAAUCUGUUCAUUCAGAAGUUAGUCCUAGAGUUGUAUUUUUCUAUUAGUGUAAAUGUCAUAAUUUUUCAUAUUUCUAAAUGUUACUUGAGAUUCAACUUUCAUUAAUAAAAUUUAAAUGAUGAUAGAACUUUA